CCUCCUUUUGCGAAAAUUGGAAAACCUCACAAUAUUCCCGUAAAAUGGGAGGAAUUUCAGUUAAAAAUAAUUCCCACGUGGCAAAUCUCAUUGGUUUCCCUUCCCUACCUUUCUCAUUCUUAUAAUCAUCGUCCAAUUCGUUUUUCUUUCUUUUUUCCGCCCGGUGCAUUUUCCGGGAAAAAUCCAAUUUUCCCGACCGACGACGAUUUUCCUUUCUUUUUAAUUCUAAACACUUCCCCGCGCUUUUUUUGAACCCGAGAGUCCUCAUUUUUUUUUUCUAAUUUUUUCUUCCUGAAUCUUUUGAUUUUGCCGCUUCACCUCAUCUCAUUUUCGUUUAAUCAAUAAAUCAACCUGAAAUUUUAAAGGUUCGAUUGGAAUUGAAAAUCAAAUAAGCUUCUCAUUCUGGGUUUGAAGAUGACAAGUUACAGCGGUUCGCCGAGGCGGAAUAUUUCAAGGUCAAGCUUUUCAUCAGCGAGGAGAAAAGCAUUGGAGAAUGGACGUUCCGAUUCUGUACGGAAACUCUUACCAUCUCCUCGUCCUACGGGACUUGCUGGAGAGCGUACUGUGAAGAAGUUGAGGCUCUCAAAGGCCUUAACGGUACCAGAAAGUACCACCAUUUAUGAGGCCUGCCGGAGGAUGGCUGCUCGUAAGGUUGAUGCUUUAUUGCUUACUGAUUCUAAUGCAUUGCUUUGCGGGAUUCUCACGGACAAGGACAUAGUAACAAGAGUGAUUGCUCGGGAGCUUAAUAUGGAGGAAACACCAGUUUCUAAAGUAAUGACAAAGAACCCGGUAUUUGUUCUUUCUGAUACUCUUGCUGUGGAGGCACUCCAGAAGAUGGUGCAAGGAAAAUUUAGACACUUGCCUGUUGUACAGAAUGGGGAGGUCAUUGCUUUGCUUGAUAUAGCUAAGUGUCUGUAUGAUGCUAUUGCUCGAAUGGAAAGGGCAGCUGAAAAGGGAAAAGCUAUUGCUGCUGCUGUUGAAGGUGUAGAAAAGAACUGGGGAACAUCUUUCUCUGGUCAGAAUACAUUCAUUGAGACACUUCGAGAGCAAAUGUUCAGGCCCUCACUGUCUACAAUAAUUGCAGACAAUCCAAAGAUUGUAAUAGUUUCACCAGAUGACACAGUUUUAACGACUACAAAAAAGAUGCAAGAAUGUCGAAUAAACUCUGCAGUUGUGCUUGUUGAAAAUAAACCCCGGGGGAUUCUAACAUCAAAGGAUAUAUUAAUGCGGGUAAUAGCACAAAAUCUGCCUCCAGAGACCACUUCAGUGGAACAGGUUAUGACUCCUAACCCAGAAUGUGCAACACUUGACACACCAAUUGUUUCUGCUUUGCAUACCAUGCAUGAUGGCAACUUUUUACACCUACCUGUGCUAGAUAGAGAUGCAGAUGGAGAACUAGUUUCUAUUGUUGAUGUGAUCGAAGUUACUCAUGCCGCUGUUGCUACAGUAAGUCAAGUUGGGAAAAAUUUUGGAGUCAAUAAUGAGGCUGCCUCAACAAUGGUGCAGAAAUUUUGGGAUUCUGCAAUGGCCUUACCUCCCAUUGAAGAUGAGGAUGAGACAAGAAGUUAUAGUUCAUUGAAGUUAGCUUCUGAAGCAGCAGAGACAGAGAGAUCACUUCCCUAUCCUUCAUCCAAUUUUCCAUUUACAUUUGGUUUCAAAAUACAAGAUAGAAUGGGCCGAAUGCAUAGAUUUACAUCUGAUACACGUAGUUUGACGGAUCUAAUAACUGCAGUCCUUCAGAGGUUAGGGGAUGACAGAGAUAGAGAUAGUGUGCCUCAAAUCCUGUAUGAAGAUGAAGACCAUGACAAAGUUGUAUUGGCAUCGGACAAUGAUCUUCAAGUGGCCGUGGAGCAUGCAAAAUCAGUUGGUUUGAAGAUUCGAUCCAAUACAUGAAAAUCUGCAGCUUAGCAUGUCUGGAAGCACAGGAAACUGUUCUUUUGCUGCUAUUAUUAUAUAUAGGUGAAGGUACCUAAGUGGUCCCUUUAUUGUAGGGACUUGAUCAAAUUAGUCUAUUACUAAAUAGAUCAAUUUAGUCCUUAUACUAUUAAAAUGAAUCAAAUAAAGCCAAAUUGGAAUAGAGUUUACAUUUAUUGUUUAAAAAAUAUCAUUUAUUGUUUAACGGAGUUAACAUUUUAAAAGUUUUUAUGAUUUUGCAAAUGAAAUUUUUUGUUUAGAAUUGAACUGCAAUUGAGAAAAAUAAUUGUCAAGACAUUUCUAUGCAGUAAUGUUAACACUGUUAGAAUUUGGAUUUAUUUGAUUCUUUUUAAUAGUACAGGGACUAAAUUGAUCCAGUCCCUAUAAAACAGGGACUUUCCAGGUACUUUAAACAUUAUAUAUCACAUAUUGUUUUGAAACUUAAACCUGAUAUGAUAGUAAUAAAAAACUUCAUUGGUUUUUUUAUAGUUCGAUUAAGUUUAGAAGACAUCUUAUCAAUG